AUGUCAAUCGAGGCGUACAGUAACCUGGCGUUUGUGCGUUGCUACCGGUCAACAGUACAGUUACGCAUUCACAAAUGGCCGGUGCGAUCCGAUCUGGUCAUUUUGAUAAUUCCUGCGUUCGGCUUCCGCAAAGUCGUGCAGGUGAAGUUACGACCAGCUGUAAAAGUGGUGCCGUCGUCAGCCCGCAGUCGUUACCUCGGCGGCGUUGGAACAGACUGCUUUCUUAACUCCGCUUUUGUGCAGCCAUGCGCAACCUCUUGUCUUACCGGCAUCCCGUUCGGAGAGGUUGCCAUGGGCGUACUAGACAUCGACCUUACACAGAUCCCCGAGGGUAAGAGUUCAACGUUCUUGUGGCGUGGAAAGCCCAUAUUUGUACGACAUCGAACUCCCGAACAAAUUGAGGCGUCAGAGGCGGUUGAAUUGAACAAACUAAAAGAUCCAGAAUACGAUCAUCAGCGUGUCAAGCGGCCAGAGUGGCUGGUCGUGUUUGCCAGCUGUACCCAUCUUGGCUGCGUUCCAGUGUCGAACGCUGGGCAGUACGGCGGCUAUUUCUGUCCUUGCCAUGGGUCACAUUUCGACCUUUCUGGCAGAAUCCGACGUGGACCGGCGCCGACCAACCUUGGGGUGCCACCUUAUUACUUUGUUGGUGACGAUACGGUCCGCAUCGGGAAGUCAGAAUGA